GCGGCGCAUCUCGCAGUGUGCCGACCACCGACCCGCAGUGCGGCGACGCCAGCGACGCCGUGCGAACGUCGUGAACGUCCAACAGUGUGUGAACUUUUGUAAAGACUGCGAACACAGCACCGGAGCCGACGGCCGCGCAACGGACGCCGACAGCAUGAUGCCGACGCAACCACACGUCCGUGACCCGCCCGGAGGCACAGCGCGCCCUCGUUGGAUGGCGGCAACGUGGGCGACGGUGCUGGCGGUGGCGGUGCUGGCCGCGCGCUUGCCCCAGGCCGCCGAGGCCGUGCAGGUGGUGGAGGCGGGCGCUGCCGACGCCAGGUCGCUGCAGAUCGUCCACCUCAACGACUUCCACGCGCGCUUCGAGCCCGUCUCGCACACGGCCGGCGCCUGCAAGGAGGGCGACAAGUGCAUCGGAGGGCUGGCGCGCGUCGCCAAGGCCAUCGCCGCCGAGCGCGAGCGCAACCCCCAAGCCCUGGUGCUCAACGGCGGCGACAACUUCCAGGGCACACUGUGGUUCUCGCUCUUCAAGGGCAGCGCCACGGCGCAGUUCAUGAGCGAGCUGCCGUGGGACGCGCUGACCAUCGGCAACCACGAGUUCGACAACGGCAUCGCCGGCCUGACCCCGUUCCUGGAGAAGACCGGCCAGGUGGCGCCCUUCGUGAUCGCCAACAUGGACGACAGCGAGGAGCCGCGCAUGCACGGGCUGUGGCAGCCCUCCGUGGUGGUGGUCAAGAACGGCCUCACCAUCGGCAUCGUCGGCUACAUCUGGAAGGACACGUGGACGAUCGCGACGACGGAGAAGCUCAAGUUCGGCGACGAGCUGGAGGCCCUGGACAAGGAGGCCGAGCGGCUGAAGCGAGAGCAGGGCGUGGACAUCAUCGUGGCUCUGUCGCACGCGGGGCUCGACGUCGACCUGGCGGUGGCCCAGAAGACCAAGUACGCUGACGUCAUCGUGGGCGCGCACUCGCACACGCUGCUGUACAACGGACCGCCCCCCGGCGGCGACCACGCGUACGGCCCGUACCCGGAGGUGGUGAACCGAGCGACCGGCCGCACGGACGACCGGACGGUGCUGGUGGUGCAGGCCGCCGCCUACACCAAGUACCUGGGCAACCUCAUGGUGACGUUCGACGAGCAGGGCGAGGUGGCCUCCUGGUCCGGCAAUCCCAUCUACAUGGACUCCGACCUGCCCCAAGACGAGGCCAUGCUCCAGGAGAUGCAGCCCUGGAAGGAGAAGGUGGAGGCGCGCGGCCACGUGGUGGUGGGGAGCACCCUCGUGGAGCUGGACAAGAUGACCCACGACUGCUACAGCGGCGAGUGCACGCUGGGCAACUUCGUCGCCGACGCCAUGCUGGACUACGUGAGUGCGCUCCACCACUUUCAUUCAACGAGGGUGACGUCACGGUCGUUGAAAUUCAUCCGAGAUCUGUCACAUCAAGAGAGAACGUUCAGUUUUGUCGUGGGUUUUCGUUUGAAAGAAUGUGGCACGGCGAGCAGAGGAGUGUUUGCCGACAUAGGUAUGCGCUAUCAAAGUGUGACGGACCCGACUAUUGAGAAACGUCACCGAUCGCGGGGAGUCUGUUUGCCGGCCUACAAAAUAAAAAAAGGCCCGGAGGGGACGUGGACGGCCGCAGCCAUCGCCUUCACCAACGCCGGCGGCCUGAGGACCAACAUCUCGCCAGGAAACAUCACGUACGCCGACAUGGUGGCGGCCCAGCCGUUCGCGAGCACCAUCGACCUGGUGGAGCUGCAGGGCAAGCACCUCAAGGAGCUGCUGGAGGACAACGUGGAGCCCAACUCGUCGCUGCUGCACUGGGCGGGGCUCCGGGUCAAGUACGACGCCAGCAAGCCGUCCAGGCAGCGCGUGCUGCACUCCGAGGUGCUGUGCGCCGCGUGCAGGGUGCCCACCUACGAGCCCAUCCAGGACGACCAGUGGUACACCAUCGCCUCCUCCUCCUUCAUCGUCGAGGGCGGGGACAACUUCGUGACGUUCACCCAAAACCUCCGAAACCGUCAAAUAGGCCGCGUGGACAUCGACUUGUUCGUGGACUACCUGCAGGUCCACAGCCCCAUCAUGACCGCCAUGGACGGCCGCCUCGUCGUCCUCAACAGCGACAAGCUGCAGCGCCGGGUGCGCGCGCGGCGCAUGCGCAGGGAGCCGCUCAUCUUCUACUGAGUCCUUCAUUAAAAAUAAAAAUAAAACAUCGACGACAAAAAAAAAACCACUGUCACCUCCACCAUGUCGUCCAGAAGGCGGACAGAAACUCGCAAGACGGAUGGAUUGAAUGAAAGUGUCGCACUCAGUGAGGCAGCAGCUUCUGCUUGCAUUGACCGGAAGUGGCGUUGUUUGCACGAUCCUGGACGAAGCGCCUGCGAAGUCGAGGGUAGGCCGUCCCGCACGACACGCAGGCUCGGCGGGCUUGCUUCCUCACAGGGGGCUUCAUGUUCUGGCCGAGCUCAGAGAUAAGCUAAGCUGGCUACGCCCGUGCGACAGCACGGCAGGCACGGCAUGACUGAAGCAUUGAAGUCGUCUUCACGCAGAGACGGCGGGAACUCUUUUGCAUCAUAGAGGGAAAAGACGCUUGUGCGACCGACCGC